CAAAUUUCGCUCAGUUUCGAGGAAAUUCGCGUCGCGCCAACUUGGGAAAUGCGUUGCGUCGUGUCCCGUGAAAAUCAUCGAGUGUAAGACCCCAAAAGCCCGCAAGGAUUAGCCAGAAAAUAAUAAAAAUAAUAAUAAUAGCUGCAAACAAAGUGUGACCAAAGUGAUAUAUGUGUGCCUGUCUGCCCGUCUAUUUGUAAAUCCAUUUCUAUUUCGGGGCUCGUUCGCUUUGUGGGUAAUUAGCACAAAGUGUCGUGCAAUUUUCCGUCUCAAUUGAAGUGCAGCGCUGCCCUUUGCCAAAAGCAUCCGCCAAACAAUGUGAUGACUUAAUGAAAAGUUAAUACGUCUUUGAAUAAUUGCAGCAAAUUGAAAUAUUAAUUGUCUAACAUUUAUUUCGUGUGCGCCGAGCACUGCGAGCAAAAUAAUAAAUAAAAGUUGUCUCUAGCUCGCUAUUGGCAUUGCCUGGCUAAAAAUAUAAGAAGUCCACAGCUAUACAAUAUAACAACAAGUUUUAUUUAUUGCCUAAAUAUAUUUUAACACUUUCAGCACCAGCAAAAAAAUAAAGCCAUUAAAAAAUAGAUAUCGGGCAAAGGAAUCGCAACAAACUCAACACCAGCAGCACAUAAAAAAUUAAUAAAAACACAAAAAGAAAGGCUGAAUAAAUAAUCCAACAAUAUGUCGGCCUCUACACGAAGUUCGGUGACGAGAAAAUCGUCGCUAUCCAAAAGUGCCAGCGCAGACAAAUCCACAAAGUCCUCGUCGAGUUCCUCGAAAACCCCGCCAGCCGCCAGUGGAAACAAACAGAAAAUGCAGUACACAAAAACCAGGGAGCGCAUGGUCGAUGAUGUGCCAUUGCCGCCCGCCCACAAACUGACCAUGUCAGAGGUAUACGAUGAUCCGAAGACCGGAAAACCCAACUUCGACGUCCUGCGUCAGCACUUUCUGUUGGAGGGACGGAUCGAGGAGGCGGUGGCACUGAGAAUCAUCACAGAAGGUGCCGCCCUGCUGCGCGAGGAGAAGAACAUGAUCGACGUUGAGGCACCCAUUACCGUCUGCGGUGACAUUCACGGCCAGUUCUUUGACCUCGUAAAGCUGUUCGAGGUGGGCGGUCCGCCAGCCACCACCAGAUACCUUUUCCUGGGCGACUACGUGGACAGGGGCUACUUCAGCAUAGAGUGCGUUCUGUAUUUGUGGUCUCUGAAAAUAACCUACCCCACCACACUUUCCCUGUUGCGAGGAAAUCACGAGUGCAGGCACCUCACAGAGUACUUCACCUUCAAACAGGAAUGCAUCAUCAAGUAUUCGGAAAGUAUUUACGACGCCUGCAUGGAGGCGUUUGACUGCCUACCCCUCGCUGCCCUCCUAAAUCAGCAGUUCCUCUGCAUUCACGGCGGCCUGUCGCCCGAGAUUUUCACACUCGACGACAUCAAGACGCUGAAUCGUUUCAGGGAACCACCGGCCUACGGACCCAUGUGCGACCUGCUCUGGUCCGAUCCGCUGGAGGACUUUGGCAACGAGAAAACUAACGAGUUUUUCUCCCACAACUCGGUACGUGGCUGCUCCUAUUUCUUCAGCUACUCGGCCUGCUGUGAAUUCCUGCAGAAGAACAAUUUGCUGUCGAUAGUCCGGGCCCAUGAGGCUCAGGAUGCGGGCUACCGUAUGUAUCGAAAGAACCAGGUGACGGGCUUCCCAUCGCUGAUCACUAUCUUCUCCGCCCCCAAUUAUCUGGAUGUUUACAACAACAAGGCAGCUGUGCUCAAGUACGAGAACAACGUGAUGAACAUCCGCCAGUUUAAUUGCUCGCCACAUCCAUAUUGGCUGCCCAACUUCAUGGACGUCUUCACAUGGUCGUUGCCCUUUGUGGGUGAAAAGGUUACCGAGAUGCUGGUAAAUAUCCUUAAUAUAUGUUCGGACGACGAACUUGUGGCAGGACCUGAUGAUGAGCUGGAGGAAGAGCUCCGCAAGAAAAUUGUGCUCGUGCCGGCGAACGCGAGUAAUAACAAUAAUAAUAAUACGCCCAGUAAGCCAGCUUCCAUGUCGGCGCUGCGCAAAGAGAUAAUACGGAAUAAGAUACGGGCCAUUGGCAAGAUGUCGCGCGUCUUCUCCAUUCUCAGGGAGGAAUCGGAGAGCGUGCUCCAGCUGAAGGGUCUGACGCCCACGGGCGCCUUGCCAGUGGGCGCCUUGUCCGGCGGAAGGGAUUCCCUCCAGGAGGCUCUGCAAGGACUGACCGCAUCCUCACACAUUCACUCCUUUGCGGAGGCCAAGGGCCUGGAUGCGGUCAACGAACGGAUGCCGCCGCGCCGUCCGCUUUUGAUGAGUGCCAGCAGCAGCAGCAUCACCACGGUCACGAGGAGCAGCAGCAAAACUAGCAACAGCAACAGCAACACUGGCAACAGCAGCAACAGCAACACGGACAACAGCAACACGACGACAAAGACCAGCAGCAGCAUCAGCAGUAAUGACACCGCAACCUUAACCAAGACAAGCAGGACGACUGUGAAAUCGGCCACAACCAGUAAUGUGCGGGCAGGAUUCACCGCCAAGAAGUUCUCAUAGUGGGCAGACUGCAAUUUUUGCUUAAUCCUAUAUUUUUAUGAUUUUCGUUUCGACUUUCGUUUACCCGUUAGAUUGUACUCCUUGUUAAGGUUACGUCAGAUACGUUAAUCUCCUAGCACAAACUAUAGGGAUUUCCUUUAUUCUCUUUUUUAAUAAUGCAAUAAAAUACAAAAAUUAUUGACAUGUAUGCACCUUUUAAAUAUUUUAUCUAAGACUUAAUAUUGUUAAAUAUUUUUAAAUUGUCCAUACAGUUUGUGCAAAUUAUUUGAGUGUUUGACAUUAGCUUUAGUAAACAUUUUUUACAAAACACUUUCUCUAAUGCUAGUCAAAAAACAAUGAAAAAUGUGACCUGCGAUUGUACAGCUUUCGAUUGUGGGUACACACUCUAUAGAAUAUCUCCGAGAAAACCCCUAGGCAAAACACACCCAUACUCACCAGCAAUAUUAGCAAAAAUUUAUACGUGACAUGAAAAAUAGUUCAUUAAAAAGUGGCUGCAAAUAGCUCAACAAAA